UCUUCUCUUCCUCAACGCUUCUCCGACGAUGCGGUUUUUGUUUUCUGGUUGAUACAUAUACCUCCAUAGCCACCGAGAGGGAGAAGAUUUAGAGAGAUAAAAGGAGUUUAUCCAUUGUUGUUGCUGUAAGCAUUCGAAUCGACACGCCUUCAGAUAUUUGAGAACCAAAGGAGGUAUAAAUGGCCUGUGCGAAUUGGCUACACUUGCCCUCCCUCUCUCAUGGUAGUUUCCGUUCUACUAGCUGUCAGCGGCGUACUGAUUUGGCAACCUUUCAAACCGCCAAUUCCUCCGAAGGAUGGCCUAUAUUUUCUUCAAAUUAUCAAUACAGACCUCCAGCCAUGGGUGUUCAAGCUCAGGCCAAGCGAGGAUCCUUGCAGAAAAAGGAAGAGGAAAUAGCUACAGCUACACCGGCUGACAUGCACUUUGAAGCUCCGCUCAAAAUUGUACUGUAUCCAGACCCCAUACUUAGGGCAAAGAACAAGCGUGUUGAUACAUUUGAUGAGAACUUGAAGAAGUUAGUAGAUGAAAUGUUUGACUUAAUGUACAAAACUGAUGGCAUUGGGCUCUCAGCACCCCAAGUUGGAAUUAAUGUUCGACUUAUGGUGUUUAACCCAAUUGGUGAGCGAGGUGAAGGAGAGGAGAUUGUUCUUGUAAAUCCACAAGUCACAAGAUAUUCUAAAAAGUUGGGUCCAUUUACAGAAGGGUGCUUAUCCUUUCCAGGGAUCAAUGCUGAUGUGGUGAGGCCAGAAGCUGUCAAGGUUGAUGCACAAGACAUUACUGGUGCAAAGUUUUCAGUUAGCUUGUCACGCCUCCCCGCACGGGUUUUCCAACAUGAAUUUGAUCAUUUGGAGGGAAUUCUCUUUUUUGACAGGAUGACAGGAGAAGUUGUCGAUAGUAUCCGUUCAGAACUACUGGCGUUAGAACAGAAAUACGAGGAUCGGACGGGAUUGUCAAGGCCGGAAAGCAUAGAAAGCCGCAAAAGAUGGAAGGCAGGUGCUGGAUUCGGAGGAUCUUGAUUCUAUUAUUAUUAGCCGAAACUAGAGGUAGAACAUUUGUUUCGUAUCUGUAUGUAUCCAUCCCGAGAUGCUAAACUGGUAGUGUUUAGGAUGAGUUCUGAUUUCACGACCAAAAAGAGUUAUAUUAGCAUUUGGAGGCUGUAUGUAUGUAUUUAUCUGGUCUUUUGCUUAUAAGCCAUCCAUCCGCCUAUUGCCCAU